AUGUCGCAUCAUUCCACAUUGGCUGUCACACAACUCAAACACCUCAUCUACUACCACCUGGACAACGAAUCGCCAGACAAUGCGAACUUUCUUGCUGCACGCUUGAACGCCAUUGAUCCGCGGAAUCCGGACUCGUCACAUCUUUUGGCCCUCACAAACUAUCGUUUGCGACGUUAUAAAACAGCCUACGACUGCAGUCAGAAGAGCGGCGCGAGUGGUAGACACUUGGGAUGUGCCUAUGUUUUGGCACUGGCCUGUCAGGAGCUUGGAAAACACAACGAAGGCAUUGCGGCAUUGGAGAAAGCCAGGAGCUUAUGGCAGGGUCGCAAUCACUGGGGUAAACACACCGAGUCUUCAACAAGGCAUACUCCCGAUGCUGCAGCUGUGAACACUCUACUCGGAAAACUAUGGCGCGGACAUGGUGAUUCGAGAAGAGCUGGCGAUUGCUACAUCGAGGCGCACAAAAGCAACCCAUUCGCGUGGGAAGUCUUCCAAGGUCUUUGCGCCGAGAUCGACAUAUCAAGCUCUUUCAGAAUGACUCCAGAACUGGCUUCUGCCAUCUCCAGUGCCUCAGCGUCCGCAUCGAAUCAAGAAAUUGUCGAUGACGAAGCCUUGCCCAUCGCACCCAGUUCAACGAACGCCAUUAGUAACCUACAUACCCUUACGCCAACCAACGACCCUUUUAAUCCUGUAAAACCUGGCGGAGACAUUGUCGCACAAGCUCAGAAUAACUUCCUGCUGCCGAGGAUGAAAUCGAAAAGCAUCUUCGGCAAUAACGUUCAAAAGCCCACCAGUCAGCCAAGCUGGGAUACGCCGACGGCUAAUGUAACGUCCGGUGAUGAAGAUAUCGAGAUGGGAGGCAUACAACAAGAGACAGCCACAACGGAGGAACCGCCGGCCGCACCGACGCGAAGGUCAAGGACUGCUUUACAGAGACUUGGACUGGAUGCCGGAAAAGACAGUCAGAAGGCGCGUGCUGCGACCGUCAGGAGCCAUGCGAAACCCAGCGCCGAAGCAAUCGAUGCUGACGAUACGACAAACGCUGCAGCAAACAGGCGGACACAACACAAACGGACGAUCUCAGGGCACAGCGCACAGAUCCCUGAUGCUGAAACAAUAACAUCUGCUCCAAGGAGGAGCAAUCGUCUAUUCAGCCAAAUCACAGGGUCAAAAACGACGAGCAGAUUACCGGCCGAGAGCAAUUCCCUGACUGCAGCUAAGCGCGACGAGGUUAAGAAGGCGAAGGCUACGGGCACCAAAGGUAGAGGUCCUGCCCAAGUAGGCCGUGUCGUGAGCGGCAAUCGGAAGAUCAUGCCACCAAAUCCAGGUGAGGUCAAGGACACUCGUGCUCCAAGUCGUAACAGCGCUGCACCACCGGUAGCGACGCAAAAACAGGCUCUCGAGUCAACAUUGGGCGUCGAGAUGGCAUCGACAGAAUCACUAUUGGCUACCUUCAGAUCGUUAGGAGCGGCUUACUACCUUCUCAGCCGCUACCAAGUUUUGUCGGCGAUUGAUGCUUUCAAGGCUCUUCCAUCAGCACAUCGAGAGUCACCAUGGGUGCUGGCUCAACUCGGUAAAGCUUAUUACGAAGCAGCAGAAUACGCAUCGGCAGAGGUCUGUUUUGCCAAGAUACUCAAGCUAGAGCCGACACGAAUUGAAGACAUGGAAGUGUACUCGACAGUUUUAUGGCAGCUGAAGAAGCCAGUACAACUAGCUUUCCUUGCCCAUAAUCUGAGAGAUCUGGAUUUCAACUCGCCCCAGACUUGGUGUACGGUCGGUAAUGCGUUCUCCCUAAGCAGGGAACACGAGCAGGCCAUCGCAUGCUUCAAGCGUGCGACACAAGUGGAUCCAGAGUUCAGCUACGCCUGGACGCUUAUGGGCCACGAGCUCUUGACCAACGAAGAAUUUGAUGCGGCGCUUGCAUCGUUCCGUAAAGGAGUUGGCAGUGAAAGACGCGGAUUUGGCGCAUGGUAUGGCUUGGGAAAAUGCUACGAGCGAAUGGGCAAAUGGGACGAGGCGCAGAGACAUUACAGGAUCGCGUUCGGGAUCAAUCCCAGCAAUCCUGUGCUAGCGGUAUGCAUAGGAGUGAUUCUGGAGAAACUCCGCCACCCUAAGGCUGCUCUGAUACAAUACUCUCACGCAUUGAGUCUGGCACCAAACUCCGCGCUAGCACGAUUCAAAAAGGCUCGUGUACUGAUGAGCUUGAGACUCUAUGAAGACGCUCUCGUCGAACUUGAGGUCUUGAAGAGCCUGGCACCCGAGGAGGCCAACGUCUUUUUCCUGCUUGGGAAGUGUUUCAAGGGACUCGGAAGACGAGCAGACAGCGUGCGUACCUUUACUACGGCGCUGAAUCUUGAUGCGAAGGCGUCGCAAUAUAUCAAGGAGGCCAUGGAAGCUCUUGACGACUCUGAUGAUGAUGACAUGGAUGACGACUGA